AUGACAGACUCUGCAGAGAUAACCCUCGAUCUAAUAGCUCACCCAAAUCAACCUCCAUCUUCCUCCUCCUCCCCUCCAUCUUCCUCUUCCUCUUCCUUAACUCCUCCCCCUUCUCUCCUAUCAGAGAAACGAGAGCUACCCACACUUUCGCCAGUUCCUAUAAAACGCCUUUCUAUCACGCCGGUUCUGGAUCCAAUUUUAGCAUCAGCCUCGCUAGAUUCCCAGGUUUUCUCCGAGACCCUACACUCACCAGAUAGCCCCGGGGAUCUUCCUCACAAAAGAGCUCGACAUCAUACUAUUGAUAGUAUUCCAUCAUCAACCGAAAUGGAUGGACCCAGCACUGCUGCCACUUCUCCUCAGCCACCGGAGGCCGAAGAAGUCGCCCAAAAGCUAGAUAAGGGCAAAACUCCACUUUCUUCCUCAGAACAACCAGCUCUCGUUGAAGUUGCUACCACAAAUGCUGCUGCUGCUGCUUCUCCCCAACCUGAGCCAACACAGCUUGCUUCUGCUUCCACUCGACGUGCAGCCAGUUCCAGAUCCCCUAACAACCUGAAUAAGCCAAAGACAGAGCAUCUAGAGUAUUUUCUAAACUCUCUCCCAUCCGGCAGCUCUAGCCUUGGUGUUGAGCAAAUGGAAUCUCGUCAACAAUCUCCGGGCCGCGUCCCUGCUGCUGUCCAUGCCCUUGAGGAAGCACAUAAGCGUAAUUCCCAAUGUUCCGAUCGAGCUUCGAUUCGCAAGAGUCUGGAAAGUCGUCAUCCGGAUGUCACUUCUCAUCCUAUCGCUGCCAAAACCCCCGUCCAGUCGAUUGGUGCUCCUCCUCCCGCUCCUCCUGUUCCUGUUCCUCCAAUGGAUUCGAUAGAGCUCGCGAGGCCUGAGACUGCUUCUUCUGUCUCCCCGGCAGUCGGAUCGAACAUAACUAUACAGACACCAAAUAGCCAAAAUGGAAAGGGAGGAAAGAAGAAUGGCCUUCGGUCCAUUCUCAAUAAGAUCCGUUCCCAUUCCAACCAUGCUGCAAAGCAGGCUCCAGUUGUUGGUAUCGGGCGUCAGGAGACCGACAGUACAGUUCAGACGUCGUCGACUCCUAUCAGUGCCAUCAGUGCCAACCGAUUUCAAGAACCUCAAGUAGCUCCAAUGGUUGAUGGAGUAGAUGCGAGGAAUGAUGCAACAUAUUAUAGAGAUUUGAAACGAGAUUUCGAGAAUCGAAGACUCCGCGGCACGCAUGAGCAUCCAGUCGAAGGAGCUAUGGCGCUCAGUCACGGUACCGGAAUUACAAGUAUGGGCUUGAAGCAGCUUUUCCGCUCCAUCUCCAGAGCUGUCAGGAGCAGCACCCAUGGAUUGAAGAAACUAGUUCUUCGCAGAGCCAAACAACUUCCAGAUCAGAUUUCAGCUACUGUUCGUGGACAACCUCAACCAGAGCUACCAGCCAGCAAAAGGGCCCAGACCCGGGCUCAGCGACAGUCCGAGUACGAACAGCUCACAAAGGGACCCCUUCCAACGUUCGGUGCUCGAGUUCCUACUCCUCCACCUGUUAUACCUCUAAUCAGAAACCCAAGCGCCGAAGUAGUUCCGACUCUUGCUACGGCUUCGUCUAGCAGGUCGGCUACUUCAUCCCCAUAUUCAACUCCACAUUACCGUCAAAUCGGUUUAUUUGCAUCUCAACCUCACGAGAUUGCAGCAAAGCUCUCCGAAAAGGGCAAAGCAGCCAGCCACCUAACGAACGGAGAUGCCACCCCGUCCAAUCUACAAAAUGGUGAGGGCCAUUCUAGCAACCCUCAACUUUCUUCUUCGAGCAGCUCCCAGAGUGCUGGAGCGGCUCUUAACGGCAGCAAGGGCGUUUCUGCAUCACAACCGGCCACAAAUCCAAAUGCGGCUGGUCAGGCUCCUUCUACCGUCAAGAAGGAUGCUGCAGGGGGCUUCUUUAGGGAGGCAUUCCACGGUUGGUGA